GCUCUAAAGAUGGGCACACUGAUAAACAUCUGGACCGGGCUGUAUAAAGAUGCAUUGGCGGAGCGUGCCCACCCUCCCUCACCUUCAAGCAACAGCACCUUCGCCUAUCAUCGUUGGGCUUUGGCUUGCAUACCCAGUUUGAUAUUUAAGAGUCGCCGUCAACCGUCAACGCCGCUUCUCAACGCACGCCUUUGACGUUCAUCGCUCCGAGCUAUCGAGCCAAUGACCGACAUCCUUCCGUCCUAUACGGCCCGUGUUCCUUUCCUCGACGAUGUGUCAGGCCCACCACCACCAACCUACGCAUCCAUCCCCAGCUCACCGCUGCUUCCGCGCGCCACACAUCAGCCCGGCCCUUCGCCGCGUUCCACCCGUCGCGGAUGUCUGUCUCUCCUUUCCCCUUCGCCAUCCCGCUACUCCGCAGCGGUCGCGCCAUCACCAACAUUCUCGCCUGCAUCGUCGCCAGGCCUCCCGCGUCAUCCCUUCCAGCCCACGCCACAACGGCAACAUACAACCGCCGGGCUCCCACCACCAUCACCAGCGACGACGCCCACACAGGCGCCUCUGACAUGCCGUCCACUCGUCGAUCCGUACACGGGUUCAUCGACACCAUUACCACCAUUCGUGGGCAAGUUCGAGAUAGUAUUAGAAAACACGACCGUUCGGAUGCGCGGCGUCGAGGAGGCGGCCGCAGCGACGACGGAUGACGGCAUCGAUGCAAUCAAGCCCGCCGCGCGCAAUCGAGGGAGCGCCGAAGUUGACCAACAGCUACAAGUCCUGACCGCCGAACCUGAAGACGAAUGCUGUCCCAACGCCGACCCAGCCCACGGGUUCCAGCGCGGCCAAGGCUUCCUUCGCGGCACGGUACAUAUCGCCUUAUCCGGCCACACCGAGUCCGACGUCCGCACCCUCAGCGCCAUCUCCGUUCGCGUCCGCGGCGUCGAGCGAACGUAUCCUUCCCACACGGAAGCGCGCGGCUGCACGGUCGUCCUCGACAGCCGCAUCACCGUCUGGCGCGCCCCGAACGUCUCGACCACGGACCCCGACGCCGUGGCGGCUUUCACCGACCUCGUCCUGAACGGCAAAAAGGAGAUCGGGUUCACCGUCACGGUCCCACCACACUGCCCGGCAAGUUUCGGCUCGCGCACGGGCUCGGUUGAAUACUACGUCGACGCCACACUCUACCGCCGGGUCGCUUCCCCGCCACACUGCACCCUCAAAACGAGCUACGCGCACGCCCCCUCAGCGGUACUUGCCAUCAUCCGCCACCCAUUCAUCGUCUCCCGCGCACCAACCAAACUGGAGCUGGAACGCUACACUCGCCCCUUACGCCCCGUCCGCGGCGCCAUCGGGGACGUAAAAUGGGAAUGGACGGGCCCAACAGUCGUCUGGCUCAAUCAACCCUCCUGUGACACCCCCACCCCGACCACCCCCGGGAUCCCACCUACAUUCACUACCCACUUCCCCACAUCCGACCCCCACAUCACGCACCUCACGUACACCCUCCACGAACGCGCAACCUACUCCACCCUCAAAACCAGCUUCAACCCCUUCCGCAAGCCGCGGUGGACAGAGAAGAAACAGACGCAUACGCGGGAUACCCUCAUCAACCUCGCCCCAUCUCCUUCACCGUAUGCGGAUGAACCCGUGCCUGUGUUAUCGGGCUACGCGGUGGGGAUCCCGCUGGAUCAGUGGGCGACGGCUAUUGCGGAUCGUGGGGGGAACAAUGCUGGCGGGAUGGUACAGCAGGAUGUGAGGGGAUCGAUCAUCGAGGUGUCGCAUUAUGUGUGUGUCAAGCUGUGGCGGUUUGCGACGCAGGGGGAGGCGAACCUUGUGGCGGAGGUGAAUAUUCCUGUGAAGAUUGCUCCGAGUUAUUGAUUAUGGUGCUUUUGUGCGCAAGUUUCUUGUUGAGGACAUUGGCUGGGCCUCAUUAGUGCUUUGCGCCCUCGCUUCUUUUUUGGAUUUUCUCCUCGCCGUCGCAGACGACCUUUUUUUGGUUUCGUGGAAGGCCGUGCCUCAUCCCACCUU